UUUUAUUUGACCCGAUAAAAUAAAGUAUAUUUAAAACAGUCCGAAAAAUACAACUUUCUGGACCGAAUGUACACUUCUGGACAAAAAGGGUUGACCUCCCACAUGGGUGGGGGCCAACCCAAGAAUUUAGUCACCCAAACAAAGGGUUUUGCCGGUUGGAGUAAAGAGGGGAACAUGGGAGGGGAUGGUGAUUUGAUCAAUAUGGCAUCAAACAAAAAUGAGGUGGCCUCAUCCACACUCAUUUGUUCAAUGAGACAAAGAGGUAAUCCUCACCUCUCUCUCCCUCAUUUUUUUCGGCCAAGAUACACCCACGAAGAACAAAAACCAUCCAGCUCCUUUUUCCCCAUUGUUGAAGAAGUGCUCAACAAGGAAGAAUCUCAAGAAAAAGAAUUAAGGUGCUAAAAGUAUAAAGAAUUUAGGAGCAUAACUAAAGUGUUUCUAGAGUUCGCCGGAGUUUCGCCGGAGUUCGCCGGAGUUCAACCGAGGAGCGUAGAACGUGCUUAAGCUCAUUUAAGGUGAGUGAACGGCUUAAUAUCUUAUAACUUUUGGGUUAAUUAUGAGAUUACCUAAAUAAAUGUUAUAUGUAUUCAUAAUGAUGUUUAAAAGAUAUUUAAACAUGUGAUUAGCCAAAAUGAUUAGGCAUGUAUGAAAUGAAGUACAUGAUUAUGCAUGGAAUAUGAUAUAAGAAUUUCUAUGAAAUUGCAUGCUAUGUUUGAAAGGUAAAGAAAGCAUAGAAUGAAUAUUAUUAACUCAAUACUUUUAUAUAUGAUGAUUAAGUUGAUAUAUAUAAGGCUUGAAAAUGACUGUUAACGAAAGCGUUGAUCGAUGGGUAAUGAAUUAAUUAAUACCGGUUGGUAUUAGUUAAUUAUAAAUUUAUAUAAAUGCAAGGCUUUGCAUGAAUUGAGAUACAUAAGCUUUAUGAAUUUAUUUGGCUAUGAAUAUGAUAUAGACUCUAUCUAGGUUGAUAGGAGUAUGAUCAUAGGAUUAUAAACUUGGUGGAGGACCCUAGGACUAAAAGUCCUUAACACUCAUAUUAUAAAUUAGUAGAGGACCCUAGGACUUGAAGUCCUUAACAAUCAUAUUAUAAAUUGGUGGAGGACCCCAGGACUCGAAUUCCUUAACACUCGGAUUACAAAUUGGUGGAGGGCCCUAGGACUUGAAGUACUUAACACUCAUAUUAUAAAUUGGUGGAGGACCCUAGGACUUGAAGUCCUUAACACUCAUAUUACAGAUUGGUGGAGGACCCUAGGACUGGAAGUCCUUAACACUCGG